UCUCGCCCCGGAGUGGUAGAUAGUUCCGGACUCCAGAGAAAGCUGUUGUCUCCAGAGCGCAGCUACAGCAAACCUCUCGCCGCCGCCGACGCUUUUGGUGUCAGUCACCAUGACGGACCGAUCCACCUUCGACACCAACGUGACCACCCUGACUCGGUUUGUGAUGGAGGAAGGCAGGAAAGCCCGGGGCACAGGGGAGCUCACGCAGCUCCUGAACUCGCUGUGCACGGCUAUCAAGGCCAUCUCCACCGCCGUGCGCAAGGCGGGCAUCGCCAACCUAUAUGGCAUUGCGGGUUCUACCAAUGUCACAGGAGACCAAGUCAAGAAACUGGAUGUCCUUUCCAAUGACAUGGUGAUCAACAUGCUGAAGUCAUCUUUCACAACUUGUAUGAUUGUCUCUGAAGAAAACAAAGAUGCCAUUAUAGUGGAAGAAGAUAAACAAGGCAAAUACAUCGUCUGCAUGGAUCCACUUGAUGGGUCAUCGAACAUCGACUGCCUUGUUUCUAUUGGGACCAUUUUUGCUAUCUACAGAAAGGCUUCUCCUGGUGCACCGUCUGAGAAAGAUGCUCUGCAACCUGGGCGCAACCUUGUGGCAUCUGGUUAUGCCCUCUAUGGCAGUGCCACCAUGCUUGUUCUCGCUCUCGAAAGUGGUGUCAACUGUUUCAUGCUUGAUCCGGCCAUUGGGGAAUUCAUUUUGGUCAACAGAGAUGUAAAAAUAAAGAAAAAGGGAAAUAUCUACAGCCUCAACGAGGGAUACGCAGCAUAUUUUGACCCUGCUGUCACAGAAUAUCUCAAAAACAAAAAAUUUCCACAGGAUGGUAGCUCUCCCUAUGGCAGCAGAUACAUUGGUUCCAUGGUUGCUGAUGUGCAUCGUACCCUGGUGUAUGGAGGAAUCUUCCUAUAUCCAGCCAAUUCAAAGAGCCCCAAGGGAAAGUUGAGGCUCCUCUAUGAAUGCAACCCCAUGGCUUUUAUCAUCGAGAAGGCUGGAGGUCUUGCAACAACAGGCAAGGAGGCUGUCUUGGACAUAGUGCCUGAAAACAUUCACCAGCGCGUGCCUAUUGUCUUGGGGUCUCCAGACGAUGUGCAGGAAUACAUAGCCAUGGUCAAGAAGCAUUCGGCUAAAUGAGGAGAGGGCAGCUGCAUCUGCCAUUGGAAUGGCUUUCAACUAGACCAAAGAUCAUAACUCUGCAAUACUACGGACUGAAGCAAAUUUACAGAAUGCAAAAGAGCCAUAACUUCAUUAUGCAUAAAAAGCAAACUCAUUGCGUUUUGCUGUGCCAUUAAAAAAAACCUAAUAAGCUA